AUGGCAGAAUUUACCAAAUCCACACUCCGAGGGGAUCAGGCGCAGGUCAAGUUACGAUCAGCCUGCGACCGCUGCUCAUCCAACAAAGUCAAAUGUAGUCAGGAGAGACCUGAAUGUCAGCGAUGUCGUUCGCUCAAUCUACCCUGUCAGUACAGUCGGUCAUUGCGGAUGGGGAAGCCUCCUCGAUCUCGGCAGCGAUCGAGUAAAGCUUGCUGUCACCAUGACCAUGACAAGGCUUUGCCACGUCUCAACCCGUCAAAGCCGGCUGCUGUUGCCCCUGCAACAAACCCAGCUGUUAAUUCAAAACCCAAGUUGAACGAUCAAUUGCUCUCUCAAGCCAACGAGGCGCUGAGCACGCUAGUGCCCAGCUGGUCGGACGACUUCGACUAUGAAUCGAUUAUGAAUGAUGACAAUCCGACUAUCCAGCCACUCUCGCCCUAUUUUUCCGACCUACUGGGAGACUUCACGACCAUAGCUCCACGUCACAAUCACCCGCCUCUACCCAACUGCCCGAACGUCCUGCCUGAUCUUUCAAAAGCCGAAUCAAUUUCCAGGAUGCUAGAAUCCACACUCGAUGGUGCAAUAUACGAAGAAGGCUGUACACAACAUCUGAGCCAUCAAGGGAACUUGGAAUCGCUGACUCCAACCAGCCUCCCUGGGCUCACCUUUCCAGCCAAAGGAAGCAACUCAAACAAUCACCACAUUAUACAAACAAAGGUUUCCACGGGCCAAAAUCCCUCAUCCUCGUCCGACCAUCAGUGUAUCCGCCUGGCCAUGGAGACUCUGGACUCUCUGUAUCAAAUUUCCUCCUCGGCAAAAUCAUAUGACCCUGGCUUGAAUAAGCCAAGCGUUGAUCAUUUCCUCCAGGUCAACGGCGACGCCAUGGAAGUUGCAGCGACCAUCCUCGCAUGUCCCUGCGUUAAGGAUUUCUGCCUCCUCAUCAUUCUCGCAAUAGUCCCUUGCAAGGUGCUUGCUGGUUACCAAGCCGUUGUCAACAUGCCCGACCCGCAUAUUCAGGUUGCAGCAGGCGAGGAAACCGUUUGUCGUCCGAUAGCCGUUGGAGCUUAUAUGCUAGAUGAAAAGGCAAGCCGCAUCGUGAUUAUCCAGCUGGUUCUCGCCAAGUUGCGAGAAUUGAGCAGAUUUGUCCAGACUUAUAUCGACACUUUCUGCUUUGAUGCCAGCAAAAACCGCCAGGGUCACUGUGGACUGGUAUACCGGACCCUGGGGUUAUUUAUUCAGAGCCGGCUCGGUACAACCAUGGACGGGCUGCAAGAGAAAUUGUCGGCCUUGGUGGGAGAGGGAAAUCCGAAUUCAAGUGAGAAUCAUGAGAAAGGGAAAGCCUAA